GAUGGUUUAAUAUGUAAUAACAUCAGAAGACAUUCACAAAAGGAAAGAUAAUGAUGCAUAUUUUAGACUCAAUUACCUUUAUUAAGCUUCACUUUUGUUUUAGUAAUCAAAUAUUGAGUAUGCUUAAUUCAUGAAGGAACAAAUGUAGAAGGUAGCAGAGAAGGUACCAAUUAGAAUGACUCCAUAAAUUAAACAUACUCAUUGUAAAAAAUGUUUAUGUCCAAUUGUUUUUGGAGAAGUGAAAUUUAAAAAAAUUUGCAAAAAAUUAUUUAUUGUUAAGACUUGUCUAAAAUGUAAGUUUUAGAGAAAAAUAUUUGUCAAGAAGUUGAAGGAUUUUGAAUUACUCUAGAAAUAGAUUUGAU